CGAAAGGAAACCAGCGACGGGUAUCCCUUGCCUGUUCCUUGGUUGGUGGGUCCACUGUUGUAUUGUGUGAUGAACCCUCCUCUGGCCUAGAUCCAGUCGGAAAACAGCAGGUAAUGGAGCUACUCCAAAAUGAGAAGAAAGGUCGGACUAUCGUGUUAGCCACCAAGGAUUUGGACGAGGGGCAAAUGCUGGGCGACCGCAUUUUCAUCCUCUCCGAAGGCCAUGUCUGCAGCCAGGGUUCAAUGGAGAGCAUUAAAAUGAAUAAUUAUGAAACAUACAAACUCUCCUGCCAAAAGGGACCGAACUGUCAGGACUCUAAGGUGACAGAUCUGGUGAAAAGCUAUGUCCAAACUGCGAAAGCCUUGAUCCAAGGAGCAUCCAUUAGCUAUACUAUUCGUGGUAAUUUCGUGGAUAAGUUCGUGGAAAUGCUUCGACAACUGGAGGAGCACAAAAAGAACCUCGAUAUUAUAAGCUUUAGUUGGCGAGAUGCCACAUUGGAGAAUGUCUUCAAAACCGAAGCUGGUCCCAGGAAGAAACGUGCUAGAGCAGGUGGCAACAUUCCAAAAAGAUCAACCGAAGACUUGGCGACCCAAACAGACUCACCGGAUCGUCAAACUCGAAGGGCUCAAAGGGCCCAGAGGGCUGCAGAAGCUGCCGCAGCGGCUGCAGAAGCGGAAAGACUUGCUAGAGAAGCGGCAGCACGAGAAGCUAGAGAAGGCCCCACUAGAGACCAGGGAACCGGAAGAGAAAGGGAAACAGGAAAAGAAAAGAAAGCCAGAGAAAAGGAAGCCAGAGACAGGGAAGCUAGAGAAAGGGAAGCUAGAGAAACGGAGGAAAGAGAAAGGCAAGCCAGAGAAAAGGAAGCUAGAGAUCGAGAAGACAGGGAAAGACAAGACAGAGAAAGGGCUGCCAGGGAAAAAAGAGAUAAAGAAACAGACGCCGCGGAAAGGAAACCACCACAAAAGCUCGAGGCAGACACCGAUCAUGAGGGCGAAUCCGACACAUCGGAACGGGAAUGGAGGACGAACCCCGAGGGCGGCAAAAGAAACCGGACAUGCUGCAAAGUAAUCGAGGCCAUGGUGAUGAAGAAGGCCCUCUACAUUUGGAGCCACAAAUUCAUGUUCCUGUUGAUCGUGAUCAUACCAAUAAUAUGGUUCUUGAUUGUGAAUUAUGUUGGGCCACCCAAUAAUAAGAAUCAACAUGGCACGGAUUUGGCCGAUUGGAUUCACAUAAGGUUGGAAAGCUUUCCAGAGGACGUGAUUGUAUUGCUGGAAGAUCCUAAUGGUCAUGAGGCAGAGGCGGUUGAGUAUGCGGACCAAGUCAAGAAACCCGCCGUGUUAGAGGAGAUCAAAUCAUCGGUUGAGAGCUAUUUAAUCACUUACAAACCACAUUUAAUGGAAAAACUGAAACGUCAAUAUGUGUGUGGUGCUAGUUUUGACGAAAAUUCUGGCGUCACCGCCUGGUACAACGAUCUUUCAUUUGAGCACUCGUCUGCGCUAUCUAUGGUUUUGAUAUACAGAGCUAUCCUUAAAGUAGUCAUUGGAAAACGUUUUGACAUUUCCCUCAUCAGAGGAAUUCUCAAGAAAUCUGCCAAAAAGUAUGCACGGACACAAUACCGUCAAAGUCUUAACCAAACGAGGCACCAGCGGGAUGUCUUUGAUAAUUUAGGAUUAAUUAUUCCAAGCAAAUCGGGCUUAAGAUCCGAGCAAGAUAUUUUUUUGGCUGAAGGACCAAAUUAUCCAGCUUUCAAACAACCCCAUAAGUUUGCACAAAGUGAAAUUUUAAGCGACUAUAAGUUGAAUGGCAAACGAUUAACUAUAACGAUUGCAGUCAGUGCCUAUAUAGCAUUGGUUCUAAGCAUAUUCAUUCUGUUCGUGGUGGAAGAACGAGUAAAAAAAUUACAAUUGCAACAGGAAAUUCAAGGCUUGGGAAAAUUUCAUUUUUGGUUCACACACUUUGUUUGGGACUUCCUAGUACUCUGCCUUUGUAUGACUCUUUCAGCCCUGGCCCUAGACUACAUAACCCAUUUUGUCCAAAUACUUAUUAUCCUUAUAAUGAUUGGAUUUGCCUGCCUGCCCUUCACCUACGUAUUGAGUUUGAUAUUCAAGUCACCAGAAGCAGCACUAGUAGGUGCUUUCUUCAUCCACCUGUUUACUGGUGGCAUAUUAUUCGCAUUUAUAUACGUAGUCACUGCUCUUUUGAAUAACAGCUUGUACCUGGUGAUUUUCCCCACAUUAAUAGGUUGCUUCGGUAUAUUUAAGGCUAUUUAUGGACAUAAGUAUUGCGAAACCCAGGCGGCGAGUGCUUCACUUAAAUGCGGAUUUGGACGAAUUCAUCCAAGGUGUGGAUGCGAUGGUAGCAUUGCAUUUGUGGCCUGAGAUUUGGUGGCUAUUGGCUCACGGCAUAUUCUGGUUUCU